CUUAAGGAGCGCGGCGGGCGCGGAGAGCCCUGCCUGCCCGGCCCGCCCUGCACGCCGGAGGCAGAGUGACACAAUGGACCUUGGGAACAGAGGAAGAAUCCACUGCAACAUGAGACUCAUCUGCUCUUUGCUAAUCAUGGGAGCAUUCUGCAUGUCACCUUUCCUCUGCCAUAGCCAAACUGAUCCACUAGCUCUUGGGCGAGCAGAUCCCCAGUGUUGGGAAUCCUCCUCGGCUGUCUUACUGGAGAUGAGGAAGCCUCGCAUUUCUGACUCUGUCAGUGGCUUUUGGGACUUCAUGAUCUUCCUGAAAUCAUCAGAGAACUUGAAACAUGGAGCUUUGUUCUGGGACCUCGCUCAGCUCUUCUGGGAUAUCUAUGUGGACUGCGUGCUCUCCAGAACCCAUGGCCUAGGGAGAAGGCAGCUAGCAGAAGCUGAACAGAAGAUCACUACUCUACGUUCUCAGUUCACAGGGAGAAACCAAGGGAUAUUUUCUCACGUUCAGAGGUCACCAGUUCUGAAGAAGAAAAACUCAUUUGAAGAUUUAAUAAGUAUCCACAUGCAUAAGAGUAGAUCGAAAUUACUUGGAAGAAUCAUUGGAGAGCUAGGGAAAAAGAGGAUAUAAACAUUUAGUUCAAGAUCUUUGUAGAUAUUUUUUAACUUCUCUUUAAUUUUUGCAUUUUAAUCUAUUGAUGUCAAUUUACAUGGUGGAAGAAGACCUAUAAUCAGAGAUACAGUGCUCAUAGUUAACUUGGACUUGUGGGGUUUUGUAAUUACCUAGGAAUUCAGUUUCCUUAUUAAACUGCAUGAUUUAUAAGCCAUUGCCUUCUUCAAUCUGUGUGUACCUCAGGCUAUUUUGUAAUGCAUGUGACUAUUCAAACUAUUGUCUUUCAGGUGCCAAAGCAGGAAAUAACUGACCCUUCAAUAAGACAUAGACAAGCAAAGAGGGAAGUUGCCAAAAAUCUCCACUGGCUCCAAGACAGGAUUAGA